UUAUUUUAAUUAUAAAUUUAAUGAAAGGUGGAGAUUGGAAAAAGGAGGGAAAAUGAGAAAAAAGAAAGGAUGGAACCCAGAAAAAUCGACAGAAUAGCAAUACUGCGAGUCGAAGAGAAGGGAAGAGAAGAGAACGCGCAUCCAUCCCCACUUGGCAUUUGCAGAGGAAAGUUCUGGGAAAUGGCGUUGCAGUGGAUGAUUCUGUCGUACGUCGUGGCAGCGGAGGCCGCCGUCGCCAUUCUUCUCACUCUGCCCGCACCCAAGCUCUUGAAAAAACGUUUGGUUUCCCUGGUUUCCCUCAUCUUACAACCUGCUCUCUUCAUCGUCCCCUUUGCUGGCUUCCAGCUUCUCGAUUUAUACUGGAAGAAUGAGCAUCGGUUGAUGUGCACUUCUGAGAUUUGUACUGCUGCGGAGCGAGACCGAUACGAGAAAUCUCUCUACAAAGCUCAGAGAAACGUCAUACUGUGUGCUUCAGCAUGUCUUCUAUACUGGUCUAUCUACCGGAUCUGUAAGUAUCAGAAGGAUGUCCAAAGUCUGGAGGAAGUGGAGAAGAGAUACAAGGAUCAGUAGCAUUCUCGUUGUGCUAAUUGAGGACUCGAGUCUCCUGCUAUAGUAUAGAGAGACUCUACGGAUAUGAAACCGUAAUUCACUAAAUCGUCCAUAAUUUUAAAUUUCCAAUCAUUUUGUGCUGGCUGAACUCAUAAUUAAACGUUUCACAGAUUCUAUGUAGUUAAAUUAUUCUCCCUUUUCUGUUGAGAUCA